AUGCCUGAAGAGGCCUGGCGAAGCUUUUAUCACCUGUCGAAUCGAGGAUGGACCCGACCGGCGACCAAAAUUCGGUCCCGUCUGAAGAUUGCAGUGUCUUGGAAUACAUGGGCGUUGGUUCCCGAGGACCUAGGAAGGGACCGUCCAGGCGCUGGUCUCUAUCGUGAUUCCCCGAAGCUGCAGUGGGCCCACUGGGAGUUGACCCGGGAGGCUUCCCAUAGCGUGCAAUGGAAAGACGAUAGAUGA